AUGGAGCUGAGGUCUCGACACCUCAGUGCGCCACAUCCCAAUCCCCCCACCCGCCGCCCUGCGCCACGGCCCAGGCCCGAACGGGAGCCGUCUCCCCCAGAAAUGAGGCCAAGUGUCUCUGAGGAGGAAGGUGAGUGCAGAGCAUUCCCACGGCAGAUGUGCCUCCGCCACGUGCAGGAGCCGCCCUGCUCACGGGCUUGGGGUGACAAUGCCCUUGUCCCCACUGCAGGGUGCAGGCUGUGCCGGCGGGCAGAGCACGACCCCGACAUCUAUGGAGACACGUGCCGUCAGGACCGGCUCUGCAUCCAUGAGAACUGCCUGUACCACGCCAGCGGGCUGUACCAGCGCGGCGCUGACCAUGAGGGAUUCUUUGGAUUCCUCAUCCCGGACAUCGAGGAGGUGCUGCAGCGCGUGGCACAGAAGAAAUGCUGCGUCUGCCAGAACCAGGGCGCCUCGGUCCGCUGCCAUCACCGCAGAUGCUCCCGCACCUUCCACUUCCCCUGCGGAAGAGAACGCGGCUGCAUCUCCCAGUUUUUCGGAGAAUACAGGUCCUUCUGCUGGCAGCACCGGCCGACCCAGCAGGUGAGGCCACUGCAACAGGAGAACCCGCAGUGUGCCGUCUGCUUGGAGGCGGUGGAGGGACGCCCCACCUACACCACCCUGGUCUGUCCCUCCUGCACCGGCGCUCAGUUCCACCGCCAGUGCAUCCAGGCCCAAGCUCUGCGCGCUGCCCUGCACCACUUCCGCUGCCCGCUCUGCCAGGACACGCAGACCUUCCAGGCAGAGAUGUUCCGCCUCGGCAUCAAAAUCCCAGACAGGGACGCGGCCUGGGAGGUAGAAGAGGGAGCUUUCCAUGAGCUGUACCAGCGGCACAGCUCCUGUGACACCGGUCUCUGCCUGUGCCCACUCGGAAGGGACUACUCUGAGAACACAGGGCCCUGGAGGAUGCUGCUCUGCAGCUCCUGCGGUUCCUGCGGCACCCACCAGCACUGCUCUGCCAUCGCAGAGGACGCGGAAUCGUGGGAGUGCAGCGGCUGCAGCGGUGUGGACACCG